GAUUCAUACUCUCUUUUUUUUUUAAAUAUAUAUCGGCAUACAUUGAUUCAAACGGUAAUCUUCCAUGUCAAACGACGAGGGCAAUGAAGAUGAAAAAGUUGUUGUUGCGGAGUUCAAUGUCUCAAUGCACUGCAAUGCUUGUGAAAGAACCGUUGCCAAUGUCAUUUCGAAGUUAAAAGGGGUGGAGAAGUUCACGACGGAUAUGAACCGACAAAAAGUGGUGGUGACGGGUAAGAUUGAUCCGAAGGAAGUGCAGAAGAAACUGAAGGAGAAAACGAGGAAGAAAGUAGAGAUGGUGGUUGAUAACGAGAAGGGAGAGAAAGCCAAAGAGGUGAAGAAGGGAGGAGAUGUGGCGGCAGAGGAAGUUCCUAAAGCGCCAGUAAUGACGCCGUUACUGCUUGGUUAUGGUGAAGAUAGUGAUGCAGCAUUUUGGAUUUUCAGUGACGAAAAUCCAAAUGCAUGUUCAAUAAUGUAGGGAGAGGGAGGGAAAGGGAUGCACUGCAGACUUUUAUGGGCAUGUUUUGAUUGUAGAUCUAGUACGUAAUGGACUCCAAUUUCUAUUUUUUUAAUAUUUUUCUAAUUCGUUCAAUUCAAAUAAGAGAAAGGGCAUCAAGAUUUCAUUGAAAGGUUCAAAAAAAAAAAUUUUUUUUUAUUGUAUAAUAAAAGGUAAUUAUCUCU